AGGGGUUAAAAAAAAUAAGAAUAACGCAGCAAGCCGUUCGAGACUGUGUGAUAUUUCGAACGCGUAAAUGCGCACCUGCGAAAAAUCCUCAAAGAUCCGAUUUUAGACGAUCACACACACAUUAGUGUGUGUGGACAGGAGUGUGAUCAGGUAACUGUGUGUGUGUAGACGAGUUAUUUUGUAGCUGAUUGUGUAAAGAUAGUGUUGCGGGGUUUUUAUUCGGGGGAACAGGGAGGAGAGGGAGGACGACGAGGAGGAGGUGGAGGGUGAGGGUGGUGGUGGCGGCGAGGGCGGCGGCGGCGGAGGCGGCGGAGGAAGAAGAAGAAGAAAAAAAAGUAGAAGUGUUAGGCGGAUUCGUCUGAAAGUGUCGGUGAAGUCCUAAUCUGUGCUUCGGCUCUCUUCCCUCUCGGAGUGACUCAGUGUUUCUGCCGGAAUGCCGUUAUCUCUCUGAGCGUUCAGCAUGGACCAGGCGGGCUGCGUGAAUCUGUGCAGUCUGACCAGCACGCUGCCGGUGAUCCCGUACCGCAAACUCACCGACCUGCACUACAUCAGCAAAGGCGGCUUCGGCACCGUGUUCCGGGCGCAGCACAGCGACUGGCGCACCACCGUCGCCAUUAAGUGCUUAAAGCUGGACUCCCCGGUCGGGGAAAGAGAAAGGAAUUGCUUACUGAAAGAGGCCGAGGUGCUUCACAAGGCCAGGUUCAACCACAUCAUCCAGAUCUUCGGCGUGUGCAACGAGCCCGAGUUCUUCUGCAUCAUCACCGAAUUCAUGACCAAUGGCUCUCUGGAUGAGCUUCUGCAUGAGAAAAACAUGUAUCCAGUGGUGGCUUGGCCUCUCAGGCUGCGCGUUCUGUAUGAAAUCGCUCUGGGUGUUAAUUUUCUCCAUAACAUGACUCCACCGCUGCUCCAUCAUGACCUGAAAACGCAGAACAUUCUUCUGGACGGCGAGUACCACGUGAAGAUAGCUGACUUUGGUUUGUCAAAAUGGCGCCAGCUCUCAAUUAGCAAAGGUUCUGGAUCGAAGCCGGCUGAGAUGGGCGGCACCGUCAUAUAUAUGCCUCCUGAAGAGUACGAACCCAACAAGACUCGGAGAACGGAUGUCAAACAGGACAUGUACAGUUAUGCCAUCAUCAUGUGGGAAGUGCUGUCUCGACGGAUACCUUAUGAAGAUGCUACAAACCCCAUGCAGAUAAUGUUCAGCGUCCUGCGUGGCUCUCGGCCCGACACCGGACUGGACAGCCUUCCAGCAGACAUCCCCGGCAGAGAGACACUCAUCAACCUCAUGACGUGCGGCUGGACCGCUAAUCCCGACGAGCGCCCCUCUUUCCUCAACUGUCUUAUCGAACUGGAGCCCAUGCUGCGGAGGUUUGACGAAAUCGAUGUCCUGGAGGCAGUACUGGAGGUCAAAAGGUCAAAAUUCAUGCGACCUAUUAGCAGCCCUUCAACAACGACAACGACUACAGCGAAUGUGAAAAGAACAGAUAAGAGUCUGAAGGAACAGAACACUCCCUGGCCAGAUACCAGCUCUACAUCAGGUUCAGGGUCUUGCUCCUCCCAGGACACGGAUAUCUCCCAACCAGGCUACCUUACCAUCUCCAAUCCCUCUCAUGCUGGACCAUUGUCAUCGGUCAUGUCCAUACCACUGGAUGCUCCAAAACCCUUAUUGGAUCAGGGCUCUCAGAACAACCUGAAUCCUAAUUAUCAGACGGCCCAGUUCGUCUCGGACUACAGCAUCCCCCUAAGACCACACCUGCCUCAAAAUGAGAGCAACCUGCCUGUAAACAUUCAUCCACUCACCCUACAGGCACAUCCACAAGAUUUCCCCAUGCCGUCGGACAUCCAGGGCCCAGCAGCACGAUGGAUCAGCUCUCGACGGGAGGAGGUUGUGCGCCAGAUGACGGAAGCAUGUCUAAACCAGAGCCUGGAUGCGUUGCUGGCCCGCGAAUUGCUUAUGCGUGAGGACUACGAGCUGGUGGCCAACCAGCAGACGCGCACCGCCAAAGUUCGCAAGCUUCUGGACACGUGCGAGCGCCACAACGAGGAGUUUUGCCGCGUGGUGGUACGCAAGCUGCAGGAAAACAAGCAGAUGGGCCUGCAGCCGUAUCCGGACCUUACUUCCCCGACGCCUCCACCGCCCUACAGCGCCGCCAGUGCUCCACCACUGUCCACCUCCAGCAAUAACAUCCGCAACAUCUUCUGAGCUUUUCGCUUCCCUGAGAAUUGGACACUUUUGGAAUAGACCGCUGAGGGAUUUUCCUGCAUUGCUGCUUUUUUGUCAUGGGGAAAAAUUGUAUUGGCCUUGCACCGGCGCGAUUACGCUCUCCCCUGCUGCGGAUGUAGAACUCGUUCAUUUCAUCCAGAUUAUACCCAAGCUCUUUCACUUUUUUUUUAGUUGGAGUAGAUGGUUCAAGAUAUGUCAUUUGAUCAAAUGUUUUGUUCCAUCGCUGCUUUUGUGUGGUAGGUCCAGUGACUUUGUCCAUGUCCUGGUUGAGCAAUCCAGAUUACACCACCGUAUCUUCUCAUUUUCAGGCUGAGCUGGUCACUUGGGUUUAUCGGACACGAGAUGUUCAAUCCGUGAAAGUGAACCAGGAUCAGACGGUGAAGUCGCCAGCACUGUUUUACCACGGCUUGAUGGGAACUUGUCUUCCUGUUUUUAUUUUUAUGAAAACUAUGAAGUUUUCUGGAAGUUCUACACCAGUUGGCUUUGUGAUAACCGGAUCUCACUUUUGGUAUUACAUGCUGCCGUCACAACGACGUUUUGGCAUCUGUGAGAAAAUUGGUGGUUUGUCCUAGGUGCAUUUGCAGGGAAAUGAUUUUUAAGUGAAACAUACAUACAGACCUGAGGGCCAAAACAAUGCUUAGAGAUUUUUACUGCUGGAUCAUACAGCUCUGGAUAUAACUGACAACUGAUUUCUCAUCCUUAUCGUUGGAGUCAACCAAUAACCGAAGCCCCAUGCAGUUACACUUUCUAACUUUCUCCUCCAUACUGUGCCCAAUUUAUGAUGCACUUUUAAAAAAAAAAAAAAAGAAAGAAAGAAAAGAAAUGAAGCGUAGUUAAUACAUAUGCUUGUUGUCCUUCGUUCUUAGCUACAAAUACAUCCUUGUGUAUGCAGCCUCAUUAGCCUGCUGAACUUCUUGAAGGUUGAUUUAUCCAUCAACCUGAAAUGGCAUUCUGUUUUUCCCAUGUUGUACAGUUAUAUUAUGACGUAAAGCAUGGGGUGGACAAAUCAUUAUUUAUUCACUAGCUACCAGGCAAGUGAGUUCUCCAAUGUUAUGCUUGCCUGGCUAAAAAGCUCAAGUACACCUUGCUGCAGAACCAGAAGUCCAGGAGGUGGACUGCACCUGAUCCAACUCCUCCUACUUGGGUGUUUCAGGCUGGAUAAAUGUUUGUUACAUGCUGUACAGCGUCUCGUGGGUUAUGUUUAGGCUUCUAGGAGGAGGCGUUGGAUUGUUUAGUUCUGCAGUAAGCAACUAAUUAUAACAUAACAAUUUAACGUGGCUAAUUUUGCGCAACGUGUUUAUUGCCCACCUUAUUUGUCUUUUUCUGAUUUGGUGGAUGAGUGAACUAAGGCAAACCCUCAUGACCAUUAUAAUUAACAGGCAAUUAGUGGUAGGAGAUCUGACCAAAAAAUACACACAUACAUACCGUUGAAAUGUAUCAAACUGAACAGACGAACAGCUAGCAAUACAGUUUAAAAACCUUUUUAAAAUAUUUUUAUUUGAAGUCAACAAAAUACAAAAAAUAAUAAUUAAAAAAUCCGUAUUGCCAUCAAAUCAGAUACUUCAUAAUUUUAUUAUAAGUAUUAUUAUUAUUAUUAUUUAAAACAUUUUUUAAAGAUAAUUUAUCAGAUAUAACAAAUAAAUAAAAUCACAUUUUAUAUAUUUUUUUAAAUAUAAAAAGAUAUCACGUUACCUGCGAUAUCUCAGAAAAGACUACUGUGAUCUAAUAUAUCGCAAUACCGAUAUAUCGUCAUAUCGCCCAGCCGUACAGUGAAUGGAAAAACUGAUCACUUGGAGUUGUAAUUCACUUGUCCUGCACUAGUGAUGUGUCCACCCUGUAAGCCAACAGCAUCGCUACCAUCUUCUUCUGAAUUCCGCUUGACCUGUGGCUUGCCCGAAUCAUUAUCGUAACGCUGAACCCUUCUAGAGGGAAGAUUUAUGCUACUGGAUUUUGAGUGUUUUAUUUUCAAUACCCAUCAUGUCCGUUUGGUGUGACACUGUAGAAUGUGUUUGUGUUUACAGCAGCGUUUUUCCUGCUUGGGUUUUUGUCUCCGUGAACUCCACCUGACCUGGCGGGAUCUUUUCCCAACUGGUUUUGGCAAUUUCGGGUUUCUAGAAAGUUCUUUUUUUUUUGCAUCGGGUUGCUUCAAAAUGGUCACUAUCGACAAUUUAUUUUUAUUGUUGCACUGCAGAUGAUGGGCUUGCUAAGUCGCUUAGCUUAUUUUUGUUGGUUAGUUUACACUUGAAAUGAACACUGGGUUUGGAUUCCCAUCUGCUUCGAUGUGCCUGUAGGCAAUGGUUCACAUUACUAUUUAAAGAAGAGUAAGUAUUUGAUUAUUUGCAUGGUAUUAAUAAGUGAUGCACUAGACAGUAUCAUCAGUGUACUUGGGUAUUAUGUUCACAUUAAUAUUUGCAGAGUAUUGUGCCAAUUCAGCAUAGACGUUGAUCAUGACGUGGAUCAAGGUGUCAAAAUAUCACAACGUUGUAUUAUUGUAUCCUGUCUGUAGGGUGAAUAAAAUUUGUUUUGUUUUUUUAAACACAAAAGAGCUGUGCCAAACUGAACAUUGCCUUAAUGAUAUAGAUGCUAGGCCUAAAUGAAGAGGAUUAUUUUUUGUCAUGACAGCAUUAUUCCUUUAUUUUGUUGUAUCUCUAAAAGUGCCAUCUCUUGCCUUCUUUCUGUAAAACUAAAUGCUGUCAUGAAAAACCGUGUGCACAUUACAAACGAUGCCUCACAAAUGUAGCAACAUACAGGUGUCAGGAAUGCGGUCUGUGUACAGUAUGUGCUCUAGUAUGAACAUAAUGAGAAACUUCCCGAGACUGUUCUGUGUUUUAUUAAAAUGUGUAGCUCUCCA